AUGGCCUCCAUGUUACGUUAUAUUCCCUCUGGUUUUGCUCACUGGUUUUCUGGUUAUGUCUGGAUUCUCACUGUCACUGUCCCAGAAUCAGAUGAUCCAGGAAUAUCUCCCAGCCUGGCCUCCUGCAGCCAGCUCCUUAGGGAUGAACAGAUGCGAGGGUCAUUCUGCCCGCAUCAUAUCUCAGUGAGCCUGCUGACCCUCGUGGUCACUGCCUGUGGUCUUGCCCUCUUUGGUGUGUCUCUCUUCGUGUCUUGGAAACUCUGCUGGGUUCCAUGGCGAGAACGAGGCCUGUUCUCUGGUAGCAAAGACAACAACCAGGAGCCUCUUAACUACAUGGACACAGAGACCAAUGAGCAAGAGAACAGUGAGGACUUCAUGGACACACCCACACCCUGCCCUGACUCCUCCAUGAAGAUAAGCCACACCUCCCCAGACAUUCCCUUCUCCACCCAGCCGGGGGUCCAGGAGAACUGUGCACAUGGGGUCCGCAUGCAGCGCCAAGUCACAGAGCCAACCUCAUCGGCUCGGCAUAAUUCAAUCCGAAGACAACUCAACCUGUCAAACCCAGACUUCAAUAUCCAGCAGCUUCAAAAACAGGAACAGUUGACCGGAAUUGGUAGAAUUAAACCAGAAUUAUAUAAACAAAGGUCAUUGGAUAAUGAUGACGGGAGAAGGAGUAACAGCAAAGCUUGUGGGAAACUGAACUUCAUUUUGAAAUAUGACUGCGACUUAGAGCAGCUCAUAGUGAAGAUUCACAAAGCUGUCAAUUUGCCUGCCAAGGACUUUUCUGGGACUUCAGAUCCUUACGUGAAAAUCUACUUGCUUCCUGAUCGGAAAACAAAACACCAGACUAAAGUCCACAGAAAGACCCUAAACCCUGUGUUUGAUGAAGUGUUUUUAUUUCCAGUUCCCUACAGUGAUCUUGAGGCUCGGAAACUUCACUUCUCCGUGUAUGACUUUGAUAGAUUCUCUCGCCACGACUUAAUCGGCCAGGUGGUAGUGGAUCACUUCUUAGACUUGGCUGAUUUCCCCAGGGAGUGCAUCCUUUGGAAGGAUAUCGAAUAUGUCACCAAUGACAACGUAGAUCUUGGAGAGCUCAUGUUUUCCCUCUGCUAUCUUCCCACGGCUGGCAGGCUGACCAUUACCAUCAUAAAAGCGAGGAAUUUAAAGGCAAUGGACAUAACAGGAGCAUCAGAUCCCUAUGUGAAAGUCUCACUGAUGUGUGAUGGCAGACGACUGAAGAAGAGGAAAACAUCCACCAAGAGGAACACGCUGAAUCCUGUUUACAAUGAAGCCAUAGUCUUUGAUGUCCCUCCUGAGAACAUUGACCAAAUCCACUUGUCCAUAGCAGUCAUGGACUAUGACCGUGUAGGUCACAAUGAGAUCAUCGGUGUGUGUCAAGUAGGCAACGAGGCUGAGAGGCUGGGCAGAGACCACUGGAGUGAAAUGCUGUCAUAUCCUCGGAAGCCCAUCGCACACUGGCAUUCCUUGGUGGAGAAACGAUGACUGUGGAUAAGAGGACAGCUUGUUCUAAGAACACAGUAGGACGACCAUCCAACAAUGAUCUUCAGUAACUUUUUCCAUCCAGCAACACUCGGACAACUCCAGUGACCAAAUGCUCAGCUGUAAUCACAGCAAUACCUGGCCCUCUUUCCCAAUUGGGUUUGGUGAACCUGAAUGGUCCAGCCACCUUCUUUGGAUGGCCCAAGGUGAAGUGUGUAGGGGAAGCUCAUCUCUCCUUGCCAAGAACCAAUAUUGGACGAUGGAAGAAAGCAAGUGACACAGUGAGAAUCCCAGGAGAAGCAAGAUUCUUAGUGAUUAUUAUAAGGUCCUUGGUAAUGGGGACAUAGAACCUGCCCUGGCAAUGGUCAUUCUGACGUGAAAUUAUUUGCUUGAAUGCCCUGGAAGGAUAGAAUAUUGAAAAAAUAUAUCCAGGUGCUAAAUAGGCAGCAGAUCUUAAUUCAAGUUCCGCUACCUUUGAGGUAAUGGCUGUCUUCAGAGAAUAGCUUCGCCCCAUGAAGUACUCCAGUUUUACAAAGAAUAGCCUCAAGAGAAUAAUUGGACAAGCAGGCCAAUCCCCUGGAGAAACUCCAGUGCAAGGAGGGUUAGUUCACAGCAAAGUCACUGCCCACUUCCACGCACAUGGCAAAGUACCAGUUGACCAUGGCUCUUAUUUUCUGCCAAAACCAGAUUCUGAAUUCUGAGGUUCUCAAACAUUAUUUUCUAGGUAGACAGUAGCCACUUCUUCUCAACUGGUGUUAUUAGAAUGAAAUUUAGUGUCCGUCCUCACGAGAGAAGCGUAGCAUGGUAUGAUAUGAGAUCACAGAGGUGACACAGGGUCCUCUGAACAGAAGGCACAGUUUGGGGGCUUAACUGGCCUGAGUGCCUUUUCAGAUAUUUCCAUAUGCAGUAGCCCAGAGUCUAGGCUCAGGCAGCCACAUAUGGAGGUUUUAUUCUCAAUGCAGACACAUAUCACUUUCUCGUAGCACUUGGGGACUGGAAAUACCUACAAGAGUGAAGGUCAAGGGCUCUCCCUGGGUGGCUCGUUCAUUAUUCACUUCCCGCCGACCAAUUUACUGCCAUGUAUGCACGUUGUCUUCAUUGCUUCUGCCUCCACAGAAAUGAAACCAAAGGCCUCAGCAUAUCCCAGGGGGGCCGGGAGCUGUUUCCUGGUGGUCCUCUCUCUGUCCCAUUAUGGUACAAGACAUCCUCUCCACACAUUUGCAUAUCUACUCCAAGAUAACAUUUCCUUUUUCAUGCAGUUUCUUUGCAGCAGAAUCCAAAGUUGGAUUGUGGUUUACCUUCCUACAAAACUCAUUAUAUUCAUUUGAGUUAACAUUUUAAUGUGAGACUGAGUGGAAACAGGAACCUUGGAUGUUGUCAGAAAGUUGUUGCUGCCACAUCUGCCUAGUACAAGAAACCCUACCCUGAUGUCAGAUCUAAAAAGGGUGGAGGCCUUUAGUUGGGUGAGGCAGUAUUAUUACACUCCCUAGCCUGCCUAAUCAUUUCCAGCUCUUACUGGCUUUUAACCACAGGGAUUCAAAAGGAAUCCAAGUUGUGCCUGUGUUUGGUGACAUGAGAAAAAAGAUACACUUUCUUUACCAAGAUUUCCCUCUGCCUAUCCCUCCACUAUACCAGUGUUUAGAACCAAAGCAUGAAGGGUUAGUGCCAGCAAGAUAAUAAACAGAAAGAUUGUCCCUAGAUCCAGGCAGAUGAGCCCAGAAGAAUGGCCCCAAAGAAACCAGACUGGCUCCAGUAGAUAGUGGCAGGCAACCAUCCCAUUAAACACUGACAUGACCUUUGGAAUGGAAGCCAGGGUUGAAGACCCUGAGGCAGCUGUGCCUGUUGUUCCCAUCUCAGGAUCUUCCUGCCCAGAGAUGGCAUCCUUGGGGUACUAAAGAGUAUGCUACUGGCUUGUUGAGAUGAAACAAGGUGGCUUUGUGGAGACAGUCAGCACACGGCAGGCAAGUAGCUUUGUGUCUGGAAAGCUUCGCCUGGCCUGUAUAGGUGUGGCCAGAAGCUGGUUAUAAAUUUGAACACCUUCAGCCCAUUUGUACCUCUGCCUCUGUUCUCUUGCAUUCUGUUUGGUUGCCCUUUAGUUUCCUAGUAAAUGUUCCUU